CCCCAACCACGCGGUUCUCCGUGUUCACCCCGCUCUUCCCCACCCCCUCCCUUCAACCCAGGUUGGGGAAUCUCCAUUGACGUUCGGGUGACGCUCCAGUGCUGCCGCCGCGGGGCAGGGAGGGGGGUUCCCAGCGCUACUCAGGUAACGCCGCCGCUGCCGCCAUUUUGACGGAGCUGGGUACGCGGAGGGAGCCCUCGGAGACCGGGUGGGGGACGGAGGCAAUAUCGAACCACAGUCGCGCGGGCGGCAGUGUGAGCACCAGCCGUGCGGAGCCCUCUGAGCGGCAGCAUAGUUUUCUCGUCUAAGGGGAGCAGAUGCCCGCGGCGGUGAUCCUCCUCUCCCAGCCGCUGAGGGCAUCCUGCAGCCAGGACAGCUGUUGCUGAAGGAGGGGCUGGGGGUUCCGCGGGUGGUGGCGGCGGCUGGCCAGCUCCAAGAACGGGAUGCACGGCUGCGCCAGUGGCUGGCAGCUCCUGCUCAAGUGCUCCUGAAGGGACGAUGCUACCGUUCUCGCCUCAGGACGAGCUCUGGAAUCAAGAAAUGGAGGUUUUCCGAGGCGGCGCGAGGAGCGGCGAGGUUAGUGCGGUGGCCGAGUGCUGGAGCCACUCCCCUCUUUCCCUCAGGACCCUGGCUGGAGGCUGGACGGAGAGGGUCGUGGGGCUGACGGGCGGGGAGCCCAGGCCAGCUCCCCGGAGGCUGCCGGGCGGCGAAGCACGCGCUGCCCCAACUGUGUUUUUCGCUCGGGAGACAGCGGUCUGGGGCAUGGGGAGUCGGAGCCGCCUGGGCCCGGGCUCGGUCUCAGAAGGAGCUUCUGCCUCUCGGGCCACACUGGAACUGUGAUAAAAGUCACUCUGAGACCUGAAGUGAGACAGGGGAACGCGCCAGGUGCUGCGCGGUGCUCAGCACAUUCCUUUAUCUGCUGCGCCAGGUUUGCUCUCUUGGACCACUUUCGCGGACAGGGCUGACUCCAGCUAGCUGUUGAACCCGGGCGCUUUUGGAACCUAGCGCAACAAAAACACACCUAGGUGACAGUAACUCUGGGGACAUUGGCUUAUAGGGAUGUGUGCUCCUUGCUUAGUUUUCUAGUUUCUCCAUGACAUGUUGUGGGUUUUGUAACAACCCCAGUGGAGAUUAACUGGCGCCCAGGUUUCUUUGUUGACAUUAAGGUGAUGUUCUGGGGUCCCCUCAAUUCUUCCACCCUCUUCCUUCUGUUCUUCUUUCCCCAACUGGUGUUCCCGCCCGCCCCCGUCGGUCGGUAAAAGAAAACACAGUAAACCCUACCCUUACAAGAUGAAUCUUUGGAAGACUUUGAGGUUCAACCAGAAUAUUUUGGUUCUCCUCUCUUCCCGCUCUUCUGAGGUUGUUCUGGUUGGACUUAGGUCAGCUGUGCAGUGAAAACUUAGAUGUGCACAGGUAUUCUGUUUCUAGUGUUAUUGCUGUUGUUGUUAGAAGUGGGCAACAUUUAAACUCUAAAAAUUAGCCUUUUGGGAAAGUCAGAUCCUUUUUUUGAUAACUUAAUGGAUGGACAGUUUAAGAGCUUAAGAGGCCACAGUAGACCUCAUAAAAAGUCUGAAUGCCAAACUGGCAUUUUGAGGUAAGACUGGCAAUCACAGACCUCCAUCUCUCAAGAUGCUAAUUUGUGUUCAAGUACUUGCUCCAUCUUUAAAAAAACAUUCUUUUUUCUUUUCAGUGUUCAACUAAAUUGGGGUUAAAAUUCCAUGCCAGGAUAACAUUUAAUAAGAAAUGUAAUAGAAAAAAUUCAGAAGGAGUCUAAAGUUGAAUCCACUCCACUGUAGUAAAUAUUUUACUAGAAAACUAAGCAGUUCCAAAAUGUAUUUUAAUAUUCUACAUCUCUUAAGAACAGGAUAAGUGAAGAAAGCUAAAUUUCUUCUUGGAAUAUAGGGAUGUUUCAUACUUGCAAGAAUUUUCUAGCAAGACCAUUCGGUGGGAGAUGAAUUUUAUUCACAUAUGUAAUUGGUUGACAUAUAGUUUCACGUAUCUGGUAUAUAAAAACAGUUACAUGCUUGUAUAUAAGGAUGGGGUGAGAUAUGGAGAGUCUUUUACAUGCUUCCUAUUUUAUUAUUUUUGUUAAAUUUGAAUGGAGAAAUGUUUUGAAUCAUAAUUACCACAUAGGGUGUUUUAUUAUUUGCAGUAUAUUUUAGGUAUUAGAGAGAUUUAACAAUGUGUCUCUCUAACUCAUCAAUUCAGAAAAAUACUCAAAUGGAAAUUCUUAAAUCUUAUGAGGUGAGAAAAAAGGUAAAAGUGGAUGGUGUACAGAUUGUUGAUGAGCCGAUGGAAGAAGAAGCAGAUUCUUGCCAAGAUGAAGGAGUUGUUAAAGAAAUCCCUAUCACUCAUCAUGUUAAGGAAGGUUAUGAGAAGGCAGAUCCUGCGCAGUUUGAGUUGCUCAAGGUUCUUGGCCAGGGAUCCUUUGGAAAGGUUUUUCUUGUUCGGAAGAAGACCGGUCCUGAUGCUGGGCAGCUCUAUGCAAUGAAGGUGUUAAAAAAAGCUUCUUUAAAAGUCCGAGACAGAGUUCGGACAAAGAUGGAAAGGGAUAUACUGGUGGAAGUAAAUCAUCCAUUUAUUGUCAAAUUACACUAUGCCUUUCAGACUGAAGGGAAGCUGUAUUUAAUACUGGAUUUUCUCAGGGGAGGAGAUGUCUUCACAAGAUUAUCCAAAGAGGUUCUGUUUACAGAGGAAGAUGUGAAAUUCUACCUUGCAGAACUGGCCCUUGCUUUGGAUCAUCUGCACCAAUUAGGAAUUGUAUAUAGAGACCUGAAGCCAGAAAACAUUCUGCUUGAUGAAAUAGGACAUAUCAAGUUAACAGAUUUUGGGCUCAGCAAGGAAUCAGUAGAUCAAGAAAAGAAGGCUUACUCAUUUUGUGGUACAGUGGAGUAUAUGGCUCCUGAAAUAGUAAAUCGGAGAGGACAUUCCCAGAGUGCUGAUUGGUGGUCAUAUGGUGUACUUAUGUUUGAAAUGCUUACUGGUACUCUGCCAUUUCAAGGUAAAGACAGAAAUGAGACCAUGAACAUGAUAUUAAAAGCAAAACUUGGGAUGCCUCAAUUUCUUAGUGCUGAGGCACAAAGUCUUCUAAGGAUGUUAUUCAAAAGGAAUCCAGCAAAUAGAUUGGGUUCAGAAGGAGUUGAGGAAAUUAAAAGACAUCUUUUUUUUGCAAAUGUUGACUGGAAUAAAUUAUAUAGAAGAGAAGUUCAACCUCCUUUCAAACCUGCUUCUGGAAAACCAGAUGAUACCUUUUGUUUUGAUCCUGAAUUUACUGCAAAAACACCUAAAGAUUCUCCUGGUUUGCCAGCUAGUGCUAAUGCUCAUCAACUCUUCAAAGGAUUCAGCUUUGUUGCAACUUCUAUUGCGGAAGAAUAUAAAGUCACUCCUGUCACAAGUGCAAACGUGUUACCAGUUGUUCAGAUAAAUGGAAAUGCUGCACAAUUUGGUGAAGUAUAUGAAUUAAAAGAAGAUAUAGGUGUUGGCUCCUAUUCUGUUUGCAAGCGAUGCAUUCAUACAGCUACCAACAUGGAAUUUGCAGUGAAGAUCAUUGACAAAAGUAAGAGAGAUCCCUCAGAAGAAAUUGAAAUUUUGAUGCGCUAUGGACAACACCCCAACGUCAUUACUUUAAAGGAUGUUUAUGAUGAUGGUAGAUAUGUUUACCUUGUUACGGAUUUGAUGAAAGGAGGAGAACUACUUGACCGUAUUCUCAAAAAAAAAUGUUUCUCAGAACGGGAAGCUAGUGAUGUACUGAUUGUAAUAACUAAGACAGUUGACUAUCUUCAUUGUCAAGGAGUUGUUCAUCGUGAUCUUAAACCUAGUAAUAUUUUGUAUAUGGAUGAAUCAGGCAACGCAGACUCCAUUAGAAUCUGUGAUUUUGGGUUUGCAAAACAACUUCGAGGAGAAAAUGGACUUCUUUUAACUCCAUGCUACACUGCAAACUUUGUAGCACCUGAGGUUCUUAUGCAACAGGGCUAUGAUGCUGCUUGUGAUAUUUGGAGCCUGGGUGUUCUUUUUUACACAAUGCUGGCUGGCUAUACUCCAUUUGCUAAUGGCCCCAAUGAUACUCCUGAAGAGAUACUGCUACGUAUAGGCAAUGGCAAGUUCUCAUUGACUGGUGGAAACUGGGACAAUAUUUCAGAUGGAGCAAAGGAUUUGCUCUCCCAUAUGCUACAUAUGGACCCACAUCAGCGGUACACUACAGAACAAGUAUUAAAACACUCGUGGAUAACCCACAGAAACCGCUUGCUGAAUGAUCAGCCAAAUAGAAAUGAUACAUCAGAUGUCAUUAAGGGAGCAGUGGUCACCACAUAUUCUGCCCUGACUCACAAGACCUUUCAACCAGUCCUUGAGCCUGUUGCUGCUUCAAACUUAGCUCAACGACGGAGCAUGAAAAAACGAACAUCAACUGGCCUGUAAGAUUUCUAGUUGUUCCUCAGCCAUCCUGGAUAAAGUAAAAAUUAACUGUGGCUUUUUUUCCUAAUCUUAUAUCAAAAGCAUCAUAUUCUGCUACAUAACUUGAAUAUUCUGUUUAAACCUCCUCUUUUAGGGAGAUGAGAUUAAAAAAAAAAAAAAAACACAGGUCCACAGUAGUCAUACAGUAUUGUUUUGUAGUAGUGCCCAAGUGUUUAAGUAUAUAAUUGUUGUCUACAAAGUCUAAAAAUUUUUCUGCACACUAACUUGUAAAGUUCCUUUCAAAUAAAGUUACUUUGUUAGUUUUCUGGUCUCAUAAAAUGAUUUGGGGAAUCAUUACCAAUAAUCAGGAUGCAAAUAUAAUAGCAUAAUGCCAAGCAAUGCCAAUUAUUUUUUAACACCAGAUCCUGAAGAAUGGGCUUUUUUAAAAAGAAAAACAAACAAGAAAUGUAUUGUAGAAGCUUGUUAUUGUGUACAACCAAAGGACUACAUUCAUUUGUGCUAAUAUAUGAACUCCUGAUAUGGUUGGUGCCAAAGUUUUUACAGAAUUAAUUAACAAAUUAUGUGUGCAGACAGACCUGUAUAUUGCCCAUAAAUGUCCUUAUCUAGAAAUAGUGGUUUCCAUAAGUCCUCUGUAAAUAUGACAUCUAAGGGAAUUAUAGUGCAAUUGAAGAAUUUUUUAGACAAAGGCUUUAUGUUGGUGUUGUAAUCUACUAAGUGGGUUAUAGUUAAGCCUUUGAAAAUAAAAUACAUGUGUUGCUACUAACUUCAUGACACAUGGGCUGGGUUUCAAAUUAAUCAGUUGGAUUUACUCAUCUGUCCCUUUUAUAAUACACUACACUGUUGUUUUUUGGACUUCCAAAAUUGAAUUACAAUAUAGCAUAUUAAUUUACCUUGAAUCCUAUGGCAAUAUAGUUUAAACUUUAUUGUAGUGGAUUUAGCACACAUGAUACAGCAAAAUGCAUUUCAGUAUAGUUUAGACAAUGCUACAAAGAGAUAAACUGACAUUUUGAAAAGGAAGCAAUAUUAAUGAUUAACACAACAUCUAAACACAUUUUUAAUCGUAUUUAUAAAAAAAGUCUGACAGAUUCACUCUUGUUAUUAAAUUUAUGAUUCAGAACCACUGGGUAAUAUAUAUUGUUUUCUCUAAAUGAUGGAAUUUUAAAGAAUCUUUUCAUGUUGUUGAAGAAAAUACCAUUACUACUACUAUUACUACUACUACUGACAGAAAUUCAUGAAUGUAAACUGGAGGAUAUUACAGUUUUGUUUAGCAAAUAUAAGUGAACUAUUUGUAUGUGCUAAAUGUACUAUCUGCUGUGUGUUUUAUUUUGUUUGAUUCAGAGAAAAAGUUAGUUACUGAGCACUGAAGUAUACAAUUCAGGUUAGAAAACUCGUAACUUCAGUGUUCAAUAAAGAAACUAUACAUAUUCUCUUCAAAAUGUAAGUGAUAUAUAUUCCAUGUACAAAAAUCUGUUUAUUGAGUGUGAUAUAUAAAAGUAUAUACCCUCAAUUUGAAAUGUCUUCUUGCAAUAAUUGAAAGACAUUAAAAAAAAACAUCUAAUGCCACAUGGAAACAGUACGUAGAAAUCGACUGGUACCAUAUCUUGUGGAUUUUAUUUCCCAGUUUGGCCUUUUCUUUCCUCAUUUUGCUUUAUUACUAGAAGUACUUGCAUGUCACAAUUUGUGUCCAUAUCAUCUGACUUACUUUCCUCUUGUCAUCUUGUGAUGUUAUGCUUCUUCUUAUCAGAAUUAAUAUGACAAACUAAGAGGUGUGAUUUUGGUGUUGAACUUUUCAGAACAGAGAUACUAUUUCCAUGUAAGCUUUUCUAGUAAUAGCAUUAGGGUAAGUGAAAUUGGAAAGUGAAAAAUUAUCACAAAAUAACUUUCAGUCUUUCCAUAAUCAGUAGUUUUUAAAAAUAGCUGAUCUUACCUAAUGUUUCAGUGAGGUUACUGAAGGGUAAUAUCAUACAGUUCAUUCAUAAAAGGAACACUGAAUUAAGCAACGAACAACUUGAUUCUUCAUUGCUCAGUGAGGACUGACAAAUUAUAAAAGACACAGAUAUGCUCAUGUAUUUUCCCAGUAAUUGCAUAAACCAUUUCUGCUGGAAAGCUCAAAGUAGGUUAAAAACAGUCAUAGGGACAACCCUAUUAUAAGGAAGUCUUCAAACCACUUACCCUCAUUUUGUAGAAGGAAUCCAUGUGGGGAUGCCUCAUCAUGUCCGUUUUGGCUAGAGCAAAAAAUGCAGAUAUGAAUGGGAGCUUUUUGGGUGAGGCUUCUAUAAAUGCUUAACCACUGGAACAAAUCCUUUCUAUAAAAUUUGAAGAUAUUGUUUUUAAUGGAUUCAUAAAUAAUUAAUUUGCAUUGCUUUUCUUUCUAGUUGAUGGUUCUUGCUAGUAUUUAAUGAUAGCACAAUUUGGAGUUUUUAUUGUUCUGGAAGGAAGAGGAUAUUAUAUAUUUUUUACCUCAAAGGGAAAACACCGGCUUUGCCCAGAUAGACUAAUACUAAAUUUAUUAUCCUAAAGCACAUAUUAUCAUGAAUAAAUGCAGGAAACCAUUGGUAAGAUAAUUAAUUAAGAUGUAGGGGUGGUGAUUUUGUGGAGGAAAAUUAUUUCAGUUAUUUCAUGAAAAUCAACCUUGAGCCUAUUUUGUUAGACCCAGAAAUGCCUAAGCUUUAAUUUUUGUAAUUUGUUGCCAUCGGUAAUUACAAAUGGUAAAACAUUUUGAUAGACCCCUGGUUAACCCAAAGGGAUUUCUUAUGUGUAGGCAAGCCACAAACUUAAGAACAGAUGCUUGGUAUUUCCAACAUCUCCUCACCAGAGCAUCAUGUUAAGAUAGUACUGUCCAUAGAAAGUUACUCAUACUGAUUGAAUAGUAUUUUCCUGAUAGUAUGAGGCCCUUCAUAUAUGAAAAAAGAAGACUUCUUAACUUGGCCUUAAGAUCAACUAGAAAGUUUAGGAUUUAAACUAGGCAAAGUGUGUCUGUGGCAUUCUGUAUAUUAUCUUUCCCUGGCUUUCCAGUCCCCACAUGCUGUCCUACUUGUGGACCUCAGAGAGGACUCCAUGAUUAAAGCUUAGUCCAGAAGGAUUCUCUGCUCCAAAGCACCUCACACCCUUCCCCUUCCUCAAAUCAGAACUUCCAUUCUCACAGAGCAGCUGUAUUCAGCUAAAAGGAUAAAAGGAGAGUGAUCUCAUUUAAGUUCUCCCCCUUUUUUUUUUCUGGUCAGUAGCUAAUAAAUAAUUGGCAUUUUUCAAGGAAGAUGUCCAUUAAUCUAAUGAAUUUCCACUUGCUGGAUUUUUAGGCAAUCUAACCAGACGAGAACAACUCUAUCAGUUAUUAUCAGGGAAAAUAUUUCUGGACAAGGAAUUUAUGCAGUAUGCCCCAGGAUCAGAUUAUCUCAUAAACUGCUGCGUUGGUGCACUGCUUCAUCCUUUCUACUCCUCGAUAUACUUUUUUUCCUCCAAGAAACUUCCAAGCUCUUUAAUCACAAUGAACUUAUGUGAUAGAAUGGUGUGCAGGGAGAUAGUUGUCAAGUGCGUAUUUGUCUGCAUUCUUAUUCCUCUUAGUACAUAGCCUGUAAUGUAAGGAAUCUCCAGCUCUACCAGGCUCUCUUCCUCUAUUCCUAUCGUCCUGCUAUAACAAGAACAUGGAGCAGCUGAAUGCAAGCCACCAGUGGAGUCCAAGUCUGUAGACCCUCUGUCUACAUUUCAGGACACAGAGAGCCUCGAUCCUCCCACAUGAAUGCAAGCCGUAUUAACUCAACUGCAGUUAAACUCCUUUAGAACAGUUUCUUAGAUUUCAAAACUUACUAGGUAUGUUUGGUGUGUAUCUCAAUACAGUAAUUGCUGAAAGUAGCACCACUCAGGAGUGUGCUGUCCACCCUCCUGUCCAGGGUGCAGGCCACUGAUGGUGAUUACUCACAUGUCAGUUACACUUACAGAUGCACUGUUCCUGGUUUUAUUCAUAACAAUACAGUGAAGUCAUCUGAAUAAAAUGAUAAUGCUUGAUCACCUCAAAUUCAGUUUAGUUGCUAAUACUUGAAUGUAUGUUAGUCCUAAAUUUUAAGGAUAAGUUUCUUUGAAAUGUGAAGAAAAAUACAAAGGGAAAGUAUUUUGAAAAUACAGAAAUUCAAGUUUGUUUGCAUAUAUUCCACAAAUUAUGUACCUUUUGAUCAACCAGCAAGAAAUCUUAGCUAAAUGCUUAUAAAUAAACAUCUCUGUGACUGGCAAGGUAGGAUAUGUUCUAUAUUCACAUUUCUAAACCUUGGACAAUAGGACUUGGGAUUACUGUUUAGCUUUCAUACUAUUUGUCUAAUUAUGUGAACUAAUUUACUCUUCAAAGGAUAUUAAACAUCCAAUUUUAUGUAGAACAUUUCCUAGAGAACAUACUAAGUGCAUUAUUUUAUUAAUAAAUUGUCAUAAUGUGACCAAAUGGAUUUAUUUGCUUUUUUCUUUCCUAACAAACUAGUGUUACUCAGACCACAUUUGAGUUCUCUUUUCAAAUUCACUCUGAAAUUGAUACCACUAAUAGCAAAAAAUGUAAGUUUGUCUUUUAGUAUAAUAAAAUCAUUUGUAACAUCACAAAAGCAUUCUAGCAAAAAAAAAUCCAUUUUAAAAAUUAUAUAAGAAAACUUAAUUAUCCAAAUGCCAGCAUGGUUUGGAAAUGAGAAUUUAUUUUGCAUUAAAUUCCACAAUACAAAAAAAGAGAGAAUGUGGUUUUUCUGUAUUUGAUUAAAUAAAAAAACAGCAAGUACUUUUGGUAGUUGUGAGUUAUAUAAGGUUUAUGUGGAAAGAAUAAAGUUUGGGGCUAUCGUUAACAAUAAAAAAUUGCCUUGCCAGCACUUCCCAUAUACUUUGGGAUUCCGAAACUUAAUUUUUGAUAUAGAAAACGUAUUUACUGGCAUUUUAUUACAAUUCUCAAGGCAGAAAUUGUGUUAAAUGGAAAAUGUGUGUACUUAAAAACUUAAAAGUUGCAAUUAAAAAAAAAAGGUCCCAGUUGUUCAGAUAACUGUAUUUUCUUUCUCUGGCUACAUUAUGGAAUUUAUACCAUCUUUUAUUUUAUAAAUGUUUUAUUUAAAGCACUAUUUCUUUGACAUUAUCGUUUUCAUUGUACUUUUUUCCCUGUAAGACCAAACCUCGUAGUGCAUUUUACGGUGUUUCUUUCCCUCACAGUGCUGCUAAAGAAAUGGCUCUCAUUUUGAACUUACAACAUGCCAAAGAUGACAUAGAAAUUAUAUUUAUUUUUGUUCUUGUUAAAACUCUGUGAGCAACAUUUAUCACAAUAUCAUGUUAAAUUACUGGCAUUCUCUGGGCACUAAAUAAAAAGGCUGCAACUUUUUAACAUUU